AUGAUUUCGGCUACUAGAAUGUCGGCCACCGCGCGGGCGGCCACCUUGCGGUCUCAAGUACCGAGUUUGAGAACAGCUGCUUCUCAACGGUCAUCCAUCCACUCUUACUCGACAUCGCCUACAGCCAGAAUCUCCCUUUCCUCCAAUACUGAACGCGCAAACCGUCCUCUCUCCCAAAUCCUUUCCCCGUACGCUGCUCUUCCUCUCACGCGAUCUUUCCAUGUCAGCACUUCCCGCUGGCAACAACAAGAACAGAAGAAAGAGAAGCAAUCCGAGGAAGCUAAGGAGGAAAAUGACGAAGGCAAGUCUAAGGAGGAGAAGGAUGAAGGCAAGUCUGAGGAGGAAAAGAAGAAUGCGCCUCCUCCCCCUCCUCACGGAGACAAGACUCCCUGGCAGAAUGAAAAUAUUAAGAAGGCUCGUGCCGCCUAUGAAGCCGCCCAUGGAGCGGCGGCGACUAAAACCGGAGCUGCCUUGAAGACCACCGGUCAAGCCCUCGGCAAAGGAGCUUCCUGGACAUGGAAUACUCCCGUCGUUAAGGGUAUCCGAAAGGGUGUUAACGCGACCGGCUCUGGAAUCGAGAAGGUGACGCGGCCCGUGAGAGAGACGGAGGCCUACAAGAACGUCAAGGAGGCCAUUGACGAUGGCAGUAGCUCCCGCUAUGGUGGUUAUAUUGAGAAGGAGGAGCGCCGCAAGCUGAGGAAGCAGCGUGAAGAGUUGGAAUUGAAGUCUGGUAAGCGGGUCGAACCCAUGGUUGAAGAUCCAAAUGCCGGUACCAACGUCACACUUCAUAAGGACUCUGCCUGGAAGGAGUCAUGGCGCGACUUCAAGGACUCCAACCCUAUGAUGCAGAAACUAUUUGCUUUCAAGGAAACCUAUAACGAGUCUGAGAAUCCGUUGAUCAGCACCGCCCGCAGCAUUUCCGACCGCGUAGCUGGAUUCUUUGCCGAAAAUGAAACUGCCCAGGUCAUUAAGAAGUUCCGUGAAAUGGAUCCUAACUUCCAGAUGGAGGAAUUCUUGCGGGAGAUGCGUGAAUAUAUCCUUCCUGAGGUUUUGGACGCGUACGUGAAGGGAGACGUUGAGACCCUCAAGCUUUGGCUCUCCGACGCUCAGUUCAGCGUCUACGCUGCCCUCGCCAAGCAGUAUACAACUGCCGGCCUCAAAUCCGAUGGUCGUAUUCUCGAUGUCCGUGGCGUUGAAGUCAUGAACGCCCGUAUGUUGGACCCUGGUGAUAUUCCUGUGUUCGUGGUGACUUGCCGUUCACAAGAAGUACAUGUGUACAAGAACGUGAAGACCGGCGAGCUUGCCGCUGGUAUGGAGGAUAAGGUCCAGCUGGUCACUUACGCCAUUGGUCUCACAAGGAUACCUGAAGAUGUUAACAACCCGGAGACCCGCGGUUGGAGACUGAUCGAGUUGCAGAAGGCUGCUCGUGACUACAUCUAA